AUGUUUCUCAUAGAGGGCAAUGGAAAGGCAGUUCUCUAUACUGGUGAUAUCCGUGGUGAGUAUACGCAUGGUACCACGUUCAGCUGGCCAUUUUUCCUGGUGGUGAACCUUGUUUUGCUGAUGAAGGUGUGCUUAGCUGAAACUUGGUGGGUGAGUAGCCUCGUCCGACAUCCGGUUCUUAUUCCAUACGCUCUGGGCAGUAAACGGCUUGACAAAUUAUAUCUCGACACCACAUUUGCCCGCGCAUCUAACAUUUACCGUACGUUUCCGUCUAAAGCAGAAGGGAUUGCCGAGCUUUUAAAGAAAGUAGAAGACUAUCCAGAUGAUACGCUUUUUUACUUUCGAGCAUGGACUUUUGGCUACGAAGAAGUUUGGGUAGCAUUAUCUGCCGCUCUGAAUAUGAAGGUCCAUGUUGAUCGGUAUCAAAUGGGACUUUAUAGAGCACUUUCCGUACGUCUUCUCAAUAACAGCGGUGCGAAUGAGGCACCCUCCCUCUGCGGGUUUAAUCUUGGAAACAGAUUUGUUCCAGGAUGUCUUAGUGAUGAUGAGAAUUCCCGUAUUCACAGCUGUGAGCCAGGAAAGCCAUGCUAUGGGGUGAAAACCAAAAGAAUGGUCUAUAUCGUCCCGAUUGUGAAUCGCAUGGAUGAUGGCUUGGAGCUGAAAGACCUAAGAACCGAUGGUGGCACCGGUGAUCUCUGUCAAAUCCAUGAGCUUGAGCUUCCGGACAAGCCCACUCUUGAUGAGCUGGUGAAGCUGUGUCUUGAGCACAUUCUGGACAGCGAAGCUCUGUUGCGAACUAGGGAAGCACUUUUUGCGGCCUUCAGGUCAAAAAACAAGACGCUUCCGCUGGAUGCUCAUGGCAUGAAUGAUAAUGACGAAAUUUCACUCAAGAAACUUGUGGAAAUUCUCGGUUAUUCGCACUCUAGUGGCUCUCAAGAGAUGUCAAUAGCACAAGGGAACGUUAGGCAAGAUCUUCCCAACACAAUACAUUUUCCAUAUUCCCGUCACUCUUCAUACACAGAACUCUGCGAGUUUGUGGGCACCUUCAGCCCAAGGGACAUAUACCCCUGCACGGUCGAUCCUCUGACCUGGAGCGAAGAGGUAUCUAUACGGCGACUUUUUGGUCAUCUUUGCUCUGGAAACGAAUUCAGCCACGAUUCUUAUAUGCGGGAAGUAUUAUCGAAUGACAAACCGCUUCCUCCAAGAAAAAGGGCUCGCUAUGAUGAUGAAUUUGCAUUGGAAUCUAGUCAGCAGAUUAGCAGCAUAUCAGAUGAUUCCGGGGAAAGUAUACACAAUAGCAUGCCCAAACGUCAGAGAAACGAUACUGGAAUAAAGAGAACCUCAGAGAGCUUCUCCAGCAACAUUAACAAGAGCUGUAUAUCCGUCUCGAUAGCUGAAGAAGAUGAAACCGGAAAUGAACAUCAUCUUACAGCAAGAAGCGUCGCACCGCGUCUUCAAAGGUUAGCAUCAACAACAACAACAUUAGCCCCCACAGAGCCAAUUACAGCAGUCCAGUAUACUGUUCAGUCUUCCAUUCCUCACUCACAUUUGAAGAAGCAAGACCGUGAGUCGAAUACAUCUAAGUUAUUUAAUGAACCACUCGAGAUCCCCAAGCUAGGUAUUGGGAAGGAGAGUGUCAAGCGCAGUGUUAUAUGCCGCGCGCGGGAAUACUUGAGGAAUGAGCAGAAAUUAAACGAGAACUCACUCUUGAGCGUCGGAUCUCUGCCCUCGUCUUGGGAGGAUGAAAGAGAAAAUGAUCCAGUUACUGCGGAGGGGAAGUCCCCUUACACCAGUUGCGACAACUACCAAUCUACAGACAUGGACAAUACGGAAACGAACGUGAAAACAGACGGAGACAUGGAUGAUAUAGAACAUGAGCAAUCCAGCACGAGUAGCACUGCCACGCUUUCCAUAUCUGACUCUGCGUUCGAUUCUCAGCAGCAGGAUGAACAUUACGAACAUGAAACCGACGGACCAUCAACAUAUGCUGCUUCAGCCAUCUCCAACUCAAUACGGACUCGCAGAGCAGCCUACCUUGCCGCACGGGCAGAUAGCUAUGAGGCAUGGUCAUUCGUGUCACCUGUGUCUGCGGGAAAUAACCAUACAGAGCAAGAGAUGGAGCUUUGA